GACCUCUCCCAAUUCCGCGAUCCAUUCAUUCCUCCCUCCCCCACCCACGGCCGUCGCACCCACCGGCGAGCGACGGCGAUCCCUCGUCCACGGCCGGAAAUCUCCGCCAUCUCCCUCACCGCCCGCGCCCCCAUCCUCUCCUCCUCCCCUCACCUUCUACCCCUAGGUGGCAGCCAGAUCAGCCAUGACCACGGCCAUGGUGGGGCUUCUGGAUCCGCGCCGUCGUCGAGCGGGGCCGCGACCGUCCGCUCCUUCUCCACAACCACCGCCGACGCAGGGAGAGGAUGUUUGAGGGGGCGGCAACCACAGAGCUCCCCCCCCGUCUACUUCUUCUCAAGACGCCGCCAUGGAGCUUGGACCCCACUGCCGCCGCCAUGGAUGCACCAUAUCAAGGUCUCCCCCUCCACCUCUAACGUUUAGAAUCUGGUAGGCAUAUCAAGGUUUCCUAAUCCGUACACACGUAUGCACAAAGUUAGGUCUUGGGAUCAACUGGUGCUAGCUUUGUUUGUUGCCAGGAACAAUUAAGCUCAGGUCCAUCGUUGCCUGAUUCUUUUUUUUUUCUAGUUUGUAGGUUAUGUGGUAGGCAUGUCACCUACUCCCUCCGUUCCAAAUUACUCGUCGUGGUUUUAGUUCAAAUUAACCACGAUGAGUAAUUUACAGUCAAGUGUAUCCAUUCCAUCAGUAAUAGAAUUGAUGAUAUUCUGAGUCCGUCAGAAUGUUUCCCACCAAGUUAAGAGAUCAACCAACUUAGUCACUAGGGCGCUGCACCCCCUGCUGCAAGGCAGAUCUAUAUUUGAUGCUUGGGAAAUCUAUCCUUCUCUUCACCAUUUACUUACUAGAUUAAAUUUGGGGUUCAAGUGCACAACUCCCUGUAGCUUCCAACAAUUAAGGCCUCCUUUGGUUUACAGGAUUUUUAUAGGAUUUUUGUAGGAUAGGAUAUUUGUAGGAAAUAAUCCUUUGGAGGCCUUUGGUUCACAGGAAUGUCAUCCUAUUCCUAUACAGGAUAUCUUCCUUUCCUUCACGUUUCGCAGGAACAGAAAAAAGAGGCCCAACCUAAUGGAAAACUUCCUGGCGCGAACGACGCGCGUGGCGGCAACUGUUCCCUCCCUUUUUUUCGCUCGGUCGCUUCGCUCACCCGCGCACAAAUAGAGAGAGGGAGGGGAAAAGAAGCAAAAUCGACAUGUCCAGCCGCCCCUCCUCUCCUCACACAGAACGGCGCAGCUCCCACCUUGAAGACCGACCGGCAGGGAGGACGGCGGCAGACGGCCGCGCGACGCGACCCCAUCCAGGCGGCGGGCAGGAACCACCGGCAAGCUGGAGCAUCUACCGUCGACCAGCUAGCCACCAAGCUCAAGCGGCAUCCAUCUGCCGCAAGUCUCUUCAGUUUCUUCAGAUGGAUGAUCAAGGCAGGAUGAUAGACUUUGGUAUUCAAGGCCAUGAGUUCAGUCAAAGGACUACAAUACCUUGUCCAAAUAUUGGUCACCAUCAGGACAAUGGACUUGAUGACCUGGAGUUUACUCAAGGAGCUACAGGACAUCAAACAAAUAUUGGUCAGGGCAAUGGACUUGAUGACUUGGAGUUCAGUCAGAGGAUCAUAGGACGUCGUCCUAAUUUUGGUACGCUGCAGCGUUGUGAUGACCUCGACUUUGACCAAAGGAGUGCAAGGCAGCAUGAGGAUAGUGUUUCAAAGUCCAGAAAGAGUCUUCCUAGAGCCAAGUGGAGUCACCAAAUGAAGCUAUAUCUUAUUCAACAGCUGAAAGAUUUUAACGUCCCAGGUUAUAGAACUCAGAAUGCAUGGAGUAAAGAGGCAUGGAAUAAGAUUGUGGAUAACAUAAACAAAAAGUUUGGCUUGUCACUAGAUGUUACCAAAGUGAAACAAAAGGAACAGGAUCUGAAGAAAGACUUCCGUGCUGUGAAAGAUUUGGCAGCUGAGAGUGGCUUUGGUUGGGACCGCCUCGGAAUGAAAGUUGUUGCCCCAGAUGCCGUAUGGGAAUCAUUUGCGGAGCGUCGUAACAAGGAUGCACUCAUAUGGAGAGACAAACACUUUCCAUAUUAUGAUGAUUUAUUUGCAUUGCAUGAAGGACGGUAUGCUGAAGGAAGGAAUAGGCUGCUAGGUAGUAUUUUGGCAUAGCACUUAAGAUGCGUGGAGUCUUUUGUUGGACGCAAACAAAGUGCGUGGCUAGCUAGGUUGUAUUUUGGUAGAAUUACUUGAAGUAGAAAGCUGAACUAGGGAGUAGAAGUACGUGGCUGGGUAAUAUUUUGGUAGAACUACUUGCUGCAGAAAAUGAAAGAGCAAGCAUGUAGUAGUUGCAGAAAAUGAACAUGGCAUCUAGUACUUUGCUUUAAUUACAAUUUCGACAUGCCAUAA